AUGGCAACCGCUGCGGAGUGGCCCGAGGAGAGCAUGGGAGAGCGCCUGCGGCUGCAUAACCUGUCCCCCCAGCCUGGAUCCAGGAAGGCCCGGAACAGGAAGGGCCGAGGCUACGGUGCUGGUCAGGGAGGGUCGGCUGGGUUCGGCAUGCGUGGCCAGAAGUCCAGGUCUGGAAGCGGUAUGAGGCCCGGCUUCGAGGGCGGGCAGACCCCCCUGUACCGCAGGCUGCCAAAGCUGAAGGGCAUCGCAGGAGGCAUGGGCGCGGGGCUGCCCGACUAUGUCAUCUUCAACGUGGGGCCCGUCCCCUUGCCCCCGGACAUGGAGGUCAGCCUGCAGACCCUCUGCAGCGCCCGCAUCAUCAACCCCUCAGGCCGGGAAGCGCGGCUGCCCCUCAAGAGGAAGUCGCGGGCAGUGAAGAAGAAGGAGGCCAAGGCCGGCGCAAGCUAG